GAAACCGUCUCUGAAAUUUAUCAGUAAGCAACCUCAAAGUACGCAAUUCACAUCAAUUUUCCGAUUUCCAUCACAUACGAAAUGAAGACCCGCAUUCUCAUGAGAAAAAUAUCCACAGUAAUCCUGAUGGUUCACUCUGCCAUCGCUCAUGGGCAGCAUGGGUACUGGCUGUCGACUCCAAGAAUGGUCGUUCGAUGCAAUGCGGGUGAAUUUGUCAAUCCUAAAGAUAUAGGAUCCGCGCUCGGUGGCAUGUCUAAUCUUUUUCAACUCAAAGUUGGCACGGCAUUAAUAUCUUUCAAUAUCGGCACGAACAUAAAUAGGGUGAUCUAUACGCAUAAUACAGUACAAUUAUAUGCCUGCGGGUGGAGAAAUGGGAAGAAUCACCACAUCAAAAACCGGGAGAUCGCAAAAGCAAUGGUGGAAAUCAAUAGAGUUUGUGGGGGUGGCUAUGCGUCGCUUGGUAGAGUAUGGUUCCCGGAUUGGGAUAUUACUAUAGGGCGUGGAAUGGCGGGUAAAGAUGUUUGCAAGUCGGAAAAAGCAUGGCAUGCAAGAUUGUUUGGCUGAGGGCUUAGUAUGGAAUGUUGACGAAAUCUUUGUUCUGACUGUUAACUAUAGCUACUCCUCAAGGGGCAAGGUUACAAUUCACAUAUAUUCUCA